ACUCACAGGUAAGGCCACCGUACUGCGCUGCGAAUGAUGUCACGAGCAAAAACAACCACCACCAGCGAUUGUUACAAAGCUAGCUCGGUGAAAUGUCAUCAAACACACGGAAUUCCGUUGUCAGACACGAGACCCUGGCAGUGUAUCAUGUCGGACCUGGACACCCUCGUUGUGACUUUCCAGACCCAGCUCUCGGAUGUGAUGGAGACUGUGGUAAAGACGGCCAUGUAUGAGGUCACCAGGUUGGUGGAGGACGGCUUACUGGAGGAGGUGAAGCGCAGGAGCCAGGAGGUGGAGUCCCUGAGGAUGCAGCUGCAAUGGGCUGAGAGAAAGUUAUGUGACCAAGCGGAGAAAGAAAGAGGGAAAACUGGCAAGUGUGUUGACUGUGCCAAGGAUGAUGUGGAACUGUCCAGUGACGCUGCAGAAGAAAGGCCCAAAGAACAGCAGGAUGUCAUUUUAAGAGGCUGUGGUGUGAAGAAAGAGGAUGCCUCUGUGGAAAGGUGGACAAGAAGCCUAAGACAGGAAGUCCUACCAGAGUUACCACAGGCAACAGACAGUCCUAGAGCCACUCACAGCCCUGAGAGGAAAACACAGACAAUGGAAGAAGAAGAAGAUGUGUUGCCAGCAGUGGAUGUGAAGGAAGAAGAAAUGAAUAACCCAUCUUGUUCUUCUGUGCAUUUGGGAGGGUGGAGUGGAACCCUUGAUGGUGAAGCAGGACCUGAAUCCCACAGCGCUACGGAGAUGGCUGAGGAACAACCGAAACAAACUCAAGAGAACAGUGAGGAAUUAUUGAGAAGUGUCAUCAAACAAGACCCACAGAUCUCUUCUGCAUAUGUCUUUACCGAAGAGCAGGAGGAAACGCACAUGGCCACAGAUCCGUCUUUAGAGGUGGACAGUGUUUGGGCUGGCCUGACUGUCACAACAGCUGCAGUACUGCAGACUCACAAACAUGCAACAGAAAAGGACUGUGAUCCAGCCAAAGCUAGAGGUUCUCUAACGCAAACAGAACAUCAGCUGAGCAACUCUUGCACAGAAGAUGUUAAUCUUCUGGUCAUCCCAGGUGGAGAUCUGAUUUCACCCUCCUCAUCCCUUGAUGCAAGACUCCAAAACAGUGAGACGUUGGGUGUGACAGUCAAGCACGAGGUUACGGGUUCUGGUGGGUGUGUGGAAAGCAAGCAUAAAGAGAAGAAAAUGACAAAGUCUGGGAUGGCAUCUUACUCAGGUUCAGGAAAACAGCACAGGCUGAGUUCAGACGUACUCAAGCAAAACCACAUUUCCCAUAAAGCCACUGUGCAGGAGGUCAUGAAGCUGCAUUCCAAAGUGGGUGCAGGGCUCAGACUGCAAGCUGCUAUACAGCACCUCCACCGACCGACGAAAAAGCCCCCUCACACGCUCUCGAACAGCACCACAGCAGCACUGUCUAUAGCUCACUCUCAGGUCGUCAGCUUAAAUCACCUCAACAGGGUUCCCUCCACAUCUAAAGCCGCUCCUCCUCCUCCGCUCUCAGUCCAGCGAGCUCACCUGGGUGACAAACAAGCGGCGGCACACAACCGAACGGGCGCACCUUGGGUCAGCAUCAAAACCCAACAUCCGUCUACAGACUCUCACAACACCAACCCCUUACCUCAUCCUGACUCUCACCCUCACGCUGGCCCCAGGCACCUCCUGCGCUGUGGCCAGUGUGGGAAGUGCUUUCCCCACCCCAGUAACCUGAAGGCCCACUUGCAGACGCACACAGGUGAACGGCCUUUCUGCUGCUCCCUCUGUGGUCGCAGCUUCACCAAGCUGAGCAACCUCAAGGCCCACCGACGGGUCCACACCGGGGAAAGGCCGUACUGCUGCUUGGCUUGUGGCAAACGCUUCACCCAAAAAUGUAACCUGAAACGCCACCAGAGGAUCCAUCUGGAUGUAUGAUGAUUGACAGCCAGUGAGAAAAAGACAUUUGGUGUGUUUGCUUUGCAGUGUAAUACAGUUGCAGUGGUGCAUUGCAUUCUUUUGUACUAGUCUCAUGAAGUCAUUGUCCCAAGUUCUUCUGCGCAUUCCAGAAAAGUUCAUCUAGUAACUUACAAAGGUGUUGUAGUGUUAUUAAAGGACGAAAAGCACUGUGUUGUGAAGUGUAUAAUCCACAGAGAUAGGUCAAUUGUCACUUUUUGUCAAUAAAUAAUUAUUUAUUCUGUGA